CGCGGCAAUGGGAGACCGCCGCCCCCGGCUGGCCCGGCGCGCCUGCACGGCCCAGGGCUCACGGCACGCAGGCGCCCGGCGGGCAGGCGCACCCGCGGCCCGGGCCCGCCUGAGCGCGGUGCGCCAGGGCAGGCAGCGGAGCGGCCCCCGGCGGGGCGGGGCGAAGCGUGGCGGGCGCGGGCGCGGGCGCGGCUGCCGAGUCCGUCAUGGCGGCGGGAGCGGGGGAGGCGGCGGGGAGCGAGGCCUCCCUGCGGCGGCAGCUGCAGAGCUCGCGGGAGGCGCAGCACCGGCAGGCGGUGCUGGUGCGGAAGCUGCAGGCGAAGGUGCUGCAGUACCGGACUUUGUGUCGAGAGUUGGAACAGCAAGUGGAAGCAGGAGGGGGAUGCCUUCCAGGCAAGUGGGAAGCCACAGAAGACCACAGCCUGGAGAAAGCACUGCUUCAGGUGGAAGAGGAGCAGCAAAGGUGUGAGAAUCUGGCAGAAGUGAACACUCUCCUGCGGGAGCACCUCAACAAAGCAAAUGAGGUGAAUUCAGCCCUCAGAGAAGAUGUUGGAAAACUGACGGCAGAUUGGAUGAGGGCCCGGGAGGAGCUGGAAUUGAAGGAGAGUGAAUGGCGCAAUGACCGUGAGCUUUAUGAAAACUACUUAAGGGGUGAACAUAACCGUCUCAUUGGCCUGUGGCGUCAGGUGGUAACCUUCCGCCGUCAUUUUCUGGAAAUGAAGACUGCCACUGACAGAGAUUUGUCGGAGCUGAAGGCAGAGCAGAUGAGGCUUUCUGGAUCUGUCCUUGUAAACUGCUCCCGUCUAAACUCCAGCAUACAGCUCUGGGAGUCCAUCACUCUGGGUAGACCUGUCCUGAAGGAUCAGGCACAGCAGCAAGCAGGACAGGAAAUUAACCAGAAGACUGGAGAAGUGAUGUGCUUACAGGUCAAGGAGGACAUGGAGAAGAAGGAGCUUCAAGACAGGGUGAUGGAGCUCUCAGCCCUGCUUGUACAGUCUCAGAAGCAAAACGAGGAGAAGGAGAAGGCCGUGAAAAUGCUUAACGACACUUUGGAGAUUCUAGAAGCAAGUCAGUUAGAGAGAGAAUAUGAAGCUUCAUUGACUAAAAGUGCCAAAGAGGAGAAUCUUUCCCUCCAAAAGGUGAUAAAAGAUAUAACUGAGGUGGUGUUAGAUGACAGUGACAGUACAGUCAACAUUAUCUGCACCGAGAGUUCCCAACAUGCAGAGUAUAGCAACAUCCUCUCUUCUCUGAGGUCCGUUGAUGCAGAGCAUGCCUUUGUAUUGGUUCAGGAAGCACUGGCAAGGAGGCAAGGGGCAACACAGGCCCUAAAAGAAGAGCUUUCUGCCAGACAGGAUUCUAUCAAUUUCUUGCUGCACCAGCACAGACAGUGGGAAGAGAAGUGCAGGAAGCUGCAGCAAAGGGUUGAGCAGCUGGAGGAGGAAUGCAAGAUGUCCAGCAGCCACCAGCAGCACCUCCACUCUCUAGUAGAAGCACUCAGAAGUGACUGUGCAAACCUCGAGAAGACCAGGGAAGACCUACAGCAACAGCUUGAAGUGACAGAGCGAGAAGCCUCGCGUCUGCGACAAAGUAACACCGAACUGCAGUUGAAGGAAGAUUCAGCCCAGGGGGAAAUGGCAGAGCAGCAACAGAUGAUGGAGAGAGCACGUAGUGACCAGGAGCUCCUAAUGAAGGACUUGGCUGUCCUUGAAGAGAAAUAUUCCUUAUUACAGAAUGAGUUGGUAGUUGCGAGAGAGACACUGGAGGAAUUGCACCUUCAGAGGGAUCUGCUGAAGCAAGAGAAACAUGAGCUUACCAUGGCACUGGAGAAGGCAGAGCAGUCAGUCGCAGAGUUGACAGGGGCUCAGAAUAAGCUGAGUGCUGAAAUAGCUGAGCUACGUGUCGCAACAGGGAACAUGAGCAGUAUCAAUGAAGCUCUUGCAUUGGAUAAAGUGCAACUGAACACACUUGUGCUGCAGCUGGAGCAAGAGAACGAAGUUCUGUCAGGUAAAGUGGGCGAGAUGGAGAGAGCAAAGAUCUCUGACCAGGAGAAGCUGAACUUGUGUAAGAGAACAAAUGAAGAGCUCUGCGCAGAGAAAGCCCGCCUGGAGCAGCUGCUGAAGAAAGCAGAGGAGCAACAGGAGGGGCUGCAGGUACAGCUGACAAUACUGGCAGAGGAGAAGGAAGAAACCCAAGAGAAACUCAGUCAGGUUUACCACCAGCAAGAGUCAGCUAGCAGUGGUCUGGAGCAGUUGCGCCAGGAGUCCUCUCGCCAAGGGCACGCACUGGCCAAGGUGACCAAAGAGAAGGAAUUGCUGGUGCAUGAGAAGGCUGCCCUAGAGGUGCGACUGGCAGCCAUGGAGCGGGACAGACAUGGCCUUUCAGAGCAGCUGGCAGAGGCCAGGUCACUAAAGGAGACCCUGGAAUCUAGCCUGUUUGAGGCUCAGCAGCGCUUAUCUCAGCUGGAGAUCACCAAGAGUCAGCUUGAAAUCCAACUUCAUGCAGUUACACAGGCCAAGGAGGUAAUACAAGGGGAAGUGAAGUGCCUUGAACAUGAGCUGGAAGCUGAGAGAGCUCUCAUGAAGCAGGAACGGGAAAACAUGAAGCAACAGCUCAUGCAAACAGAACAGCAGUAUAACAAUACCCUGAAACUUCAGGAAACUGAUCAUGGAGUGGAAAUAAACAAGCUUCUGCAAGACCUGGCAAGGGAGCGGGAAGGGCGCAAUUCAGAGCUGCAGGAGAUGCGGGAGCAAUGGGAAAAAGAGAAGGCAGAGAGAGAAGGGGAGCACGAGAAGAAGCUGUUUGAUAUGAAGGAGAGAGUUGCUACCAUGCAAGCUCAACAAGAAGAGGAACUAAUCAGAGUUGAAGAUGCCAAGCAACAGGUCCUGCUAGAAGAGGAGCGUGAGAAGAAAGCUUUAUUAGAGACACUAGUCCAAACGCAGAGAGAGCUAAGAGACACCUGCCAGCAGCUAGAGCAGCUCAGGCAGGAGGUGAAAGAGCAGCAAGAGAAUGGGCAGAACAUGACAGAAAUGCUGCAAGCAGAGCUGCAGGAAACUCACAGUAAGAUCCAGGCAGCGGAGAAGAGGCACAAGGAAGAAAUCAAAACCAUCGGAGAGGAAAUGGGUGUCCUACUUCAGCAGAGGGAUGCUCUACAAAAACAGGUGGAAGAGUUGACAUCUCAGCUAGCAGCCUCUGAAGAGUCCCAGCAAGUGACUGGCCGCAAAGCUCAGCAAGAGGUGAGCGAGGCACAGGAACUGUCAAGGCAGAAGGCACUGGAGGUUAUGCACCUCCAGAAGAUCUUAGAGGAGAAGAAGAGUCAAUGGGAAGAGGUAGAACAUCAGAACAAGGAGCUGCAAGCGUGUCUGCAGUCCUUGGAGGGGGAAAGGAGUCGAUGGGAAGAAGUGGAGCAUCACAACACAGAAUUUCAGGCUUCAUUGAAGGUCCUAGAGAGUGAAAAAGCCAGGCUGACUUUGUCUCUGGAAGAGAAGGAAAAGAGCCUCAGAACCCUGGAAGAAAACAGCUUUGCCCAGCACAAUGAGGUGUCUCGGCUUCUCUCAGCUGUUCACCAGGCCCAGCAGCUCCAUUCGGACCACAGAAGAGAAAUACAAGAGCUCAACAACCAGAUAGAGUCACUGCAAGAAGUAGUGCUGGAGAAGGAGGCUGGCUUGGCAGCUCGAGAGAAGCAGCUGCUGAAGGAUCUGGAGGAGUCCCGAGCAAAUGAACAGUGCUUGAGGGACUCUCUGCGCAUGCUGGAGGCUGAGAUGUCUGAACUGCGUUUGAGGCUUUGUAGCACAGAGAACAGAGCGAAGGCGUUGGCCACAGAGCAUCAGCAGGCUAACAGGGCCCACUGUGAUGCCCGAUCCCAGCUGGACAAACUGCACUCGGCUCUCCACCGCAUGAUCAGGGACAGCAGAGACUUAGUCACUUGGAGUUCAGAACAGGGUCAAGUCUGGGACCUGACUGUUUCUCAGGCCAAGGACCUCCCUGCAGAGCUCACAGUGGACAGAGUGGCAGCAGCCCUACAAGACCUGCGUCAGCACCUGAUGCAGACUCAACAAGAUCUGAAUGAUGCGAGGAAGAAGAUACAAGACUCAGAGCUGGAGCUGAGCAGGUGGCAAGCUGGGAGGGACCGUUUCAGCACCCACAAUCAAAAGCUGCAGAAACAGAUGGCUCAAAGUCAGGAAGAGACACAAGUGGCAGAAUGCAAGAAGAACUCUCUACAAGCUGCCCUGCAGGAAGAGGCCGCUGCUUUAAAAGAGGAGGCUACAACUCUACAUCAAGAGGUGGUGUCUUUGGAAAAGAAACUCGAGAGCACUGAGAGGCAGAGAAAGGAUGUCCUGCAUGAACGGGACAGACUGCAAGCACUUAAAGAAGAACUGGUGUGGGAGAUAAAAAUUCUGCAGGAAUCAGUCACAGCCUCUGAAACACGAGCAAAUACAGCAACAGAUAUGAAUCACUCCCUUGAACAAGAACUCCAAACUACGUUGUCUAUCUUAAAAAUUAAAAAUGAGGAAUUGGAAACACAGUGGGAGAAAAUCCAGAUGCUACAGAAAGUGGCAGCAGAGGGAGACGCUUUGCAGGAGAAUCUGACUCUCAUGACUGCUAUCCUGUCAGAGAGGGAGGGAGAAAUGAAGUUGUACCAGGAACAGAUAAGAACGCUGGAAAAGCAGAAAGAAAUGCAUAAAACUACUCUCAAUCAGGCUAUUAAGGACCUAACAGAGAAGAAACAGGAGACAGAAUCCCAGCAAGAACACAUACAGGAACUGGAGAAGCAGCAAGAAGAACAAGGGAUUGCUCUAAGCAAAAUGAAUAAAGACCUGGAAGAGAAAGACCAGGAGAUCAGAUCCCAGCAGGAACAGAUAGCGGAGCUGGAGAAGCAGCGGGACAUGCAGGGGACUGCUGUUGGCAGGAUGAGCAAAGACCUGGAGGAGAGGGACCAGGAGAUCAAAUCCCAGCAGGAACAGAUAGCGGAGCUGGAGAAGCAGCGAGACAUGCAGAGGACUGCUGUUGGCAAGAUGAGCAAAGACCUGGAGGAGAGAGACCAGGAGAUCAAAUCCCAGCAGGAACAGAUAGCGGAGCUGGAGAAGCAGCGGGAUAUGCAGAGGACUGCUGUUGGCAAGAUGAGCAAAGACCUGGAGGAGAGGGACCAGGAGAUCAAAUCCCAGCAGGAACAGAUAGCGGAGCUGGAGAAGCAGCGGGACAUGCAGAGGACUGCUGUUGGCAGGAUGAGCAAAGACCUGGAGGAGAGGGACCAGGAGAUCAAAUCCCAGCAGGAACAGAUAGCGGAGCUGGAGAAGCAGCGAGACAUGCAGAGGACUGCUGUUGGCAAGAUGAGCAAAGACCUGGAGGAGAGGGACCAGGAGAUCAAAUCCCAGCAGGAACAGAUAGCGGAGCUGGAGAAGCAGCGGGACAUGCAGAGGACUGCUGUUGGCAGGAUGAGCAAAGACCUGGAAGAGAAAGACCAGGAGAUCAAAUCCCAGCAGGAACAGAUAGCGGAGCUGGAGAAGCAGCGAGACAUGCAGAGGACUGCUGUUGGCAGGAUGAGCAAAGACCUGGAGGAGAGGGACCAGGAGAUCAAAUUCCAGGAGGGGAAAAUAAUGGUUCUAGAACAACAUGCUGCAUCACAAGUGAGAAAUCUACUUGUGGAUCUUGAUCGUAUGAAAGGAAACUUGAAGGAGAAAAACAUAGAGCUUAUGUCACUGACUCAGCAGAUCCAAGAACUAGAAAAGGAGAGAGAAGAGGUGAAAUCUCUGCAUGCAAGUCUUGAACACCUGAGAGCAAUUCUCAAGGACAGAGAGAGUGAGUGUGAUUCUCAAAGGGGUCAGUUAAGAUACUUGCAGCAGUACAAGGAACAGCAAGAUGGGCACCUGCAAGAGCUUCAUGGUAAAGUAGAAAAGAUGACACUUUCUUUAUCUAAAAAAGAUCAAGAGUUUGAUUCACAACAAAAGCAAAUUCAGGAAGUUGAAGAAGUCAUGGAAAGGCAGUUAAGUAUUGUCCGUGACCAACUGGAGCAGACCUUAGUAACCUUAAAAGAAAAGGACAGACUCAUAGACAUCCAAAAGCAACAAAUGAGGAGCUAUGAGGAAAAAACAGAAGAACAGAUGAAUGUCUUACAUAGAGACUUAGAAUACACUAAGGCAAUACUGGAAGAAAAGGAUCUCGUGAUUGGAUCUCAGAGGGAAGUGAUUGAGACCUUCCAAAAACAAGAACAGGACUCCAAUCAGCAGAAGGAAAUUUUGCAGCAUCUUCAAGUGGCACUAAAGGAACAAGAGCAAGAAAUUUUAUCCCUUAGAAAUCAAUGUGAGUCAUGCAAGGAAGAGGAGGAAAACCAUGAAGCUGAGCAAGCAAAUCUUCAAGCAACAAAACUGACUCUGAAAGAAAGAGAAGAAAAGAUAGAGGUUCUGGAGGAGGCUAUCUCUAAGCUUCAACAGCAAAAGGAGGAGGCAGCGAUGCAGACUAAAGCCAUACUGCAAAAACUAGAAUGUGCUGAAUCUUCUCUAGAAACUAGAGAUCAAGAGAUAGCGUCUUUGCAAGAGCAUGUGCAGCACCUUCAAGAGCAGAAGGAAUUAGAAGGCAAGCAAGCCAAGAAUUUACAGCAGGAUCUAGACAAAAUGAGCCAAAUAGCGAAGAAGAACCAUUUAGAGUUCCUCAGGCAGACAGAGCAAAUUAACAUGUUCCAGCUUCGUGAAGAAAGCAUGAAGGUAGCACUAACAUCAUGCCAGAAGCAAGUGAAUCUGCUUGAGGAAGUGGUGAGGAAGAGAGAUGAAGACAAUGAAGCUCUUACACAAAAACUUCAUCACCAAGAAGAAGAACUGAAGGUCUUGCAGAAUCUCCAGCUUAGGCUAACUGAAACAAAUGAAGAGGUCAGGCACCACAGAGAGCAAGAGAAGCUUCUGGAGGAAGCCUUGCCUGAGAGGGAUCGAGAGGCCAAGGCUCAAGGUGAGCAAAAAGAGUUAGAAGAGGAAAUAAGAGCUCUUCGGGAAGAUCUCCAGCACGUUCAGCAGACCCUGACAAAGAAGGGUGAAGAGACCAGGUAUCAGAGAGACAGAGUCAGGUAUUUAGAGGAGACUCUGACAGGGAGAGAGCAAGAGCUUAGGAGGCAGAGUGAAGUCCUGAAACAGUUGACAUCAGCUUUACAAUGGAAAGGUGAAGGGGAGACCCUAAAGAAACAAAUCCAGAAGCUCCAAAAGUGGGAAGAAGAGGAAGCAGCAAAGAGGAAAGUUCUCCAGGAGAGAGACCAUCUCUUGAAAAGGCAGAAGGAGCUAGCCCAACAACUGGAAGAUGAGAGGAAAGCAAAGGGGGAAGAACUGGAACAUGUGAUUGCUGUUUUGAAGCAGAAUGAAAGCAGAGAAAUUGAAUGGAAAGGGAAGGCACAAGCACUCAGUCUUGCUCUUACCAAGAGUGAAAUGGCCAAUGGGACUCUGAGGGAAGAAAUAGCCAUCCUGCAAAGUAUGGUUUCAGAGAGGGACAAGGACCGCUUUCAUCUUCAGGCUAUUGCAGAAGGGGAGCAGCUAUCAUGGCUCUCAGAGAAGAGACUCCUGUCACAGCGGCUGGAAUGUCUGCAGCAAACAGUUGCAAGGCUGGAACAGGAGAAGACUGAGCUGAAGCAACUCAAUGAUGAGCUCAGAAGGACUCUUGAGCAGGUGGAACGUGAACGGAGGAGACUGAAAAGAGAUUAUGGUGGUCGGUCACUGCCAGGUGCAUGUGGAUUUUCUGAGUCUGACCAGCACAAGAUGCCUGCUUCUAGACAGGAGGAGUCUCACGCUCGCUGCAGUUGUCGAUUAGCUGAGUUACAGAACCAGGUGUCCCUUCUGCAGACCCAGCUGGCACAAGAACGAAAAUACAAGCAGGACUAUAUUGAGUGCUGUGCAAAGACCAGCCAGGAGCUGUCAGACCUUCACCAAGAGCUCUCUUACUCCUUAGCAGCUGUGGUCAGGGAGCCCAACGCUACUGUUCUGGAAGCAGAGACCUGGAAGCUGGAUCGGUCUCUGAACCUUAACUUGGCUGUGAUCUCUCUGGACCGUCAGUCUCCUGAGAGACAGAUGUUGCAUUCAACAGCCAGAUCGGCCAGAAGCAAUGACCUGAGGUAACAGGACCAGUGUACCGCAAGAGGCCUCAGCAGGAGCCAAGUCGGGGACCUGCUGUAGUAGGUGAACUGUGGCAGGGGGCUUGGUCCAAGGCAUGAGUCUCGAAGUAAGAUAAAAGUUCAGAGCACAGUGUUCACUGCAGGUUCCCCAGCAGAAGCAGUGGUGGGACAAAACUGGUGCUGGCUUGUCUGGAUGGGGUCAGUCAUAGGCCUGGAAAAGCAGGAUGAACCUGGUGAGCAGGUAAAAUUUCUUCCUUUUCUAAAGCAUUCCAUCACAGCAUGCCUGGUCUGUCUCCACACAGGCCCCCCACAUUAGGCUGUUCCUGUCAGUUUCUAUAGUGUAUACAAGACUUUGUCUGUUUGGGUUUUUUUCAAUACAUUUAUUUCUCAAGAACACUGCACAGGCUCUGAGCAGAAAUAUCCUUGCAGUGAUACUGUGUUGCUCCUCUGCUUUCUUCAGCAGCUGCUCCAGGUGGGCUUUCUCUGCGCAGAGCUCUUCAUUUGUUCUCUUACACAAGUUCAGCUUCUCCUGGUCAGAGAUCUUUGCUCUCUCCAUCUCGCCCACUUUACCUGACAGAACUUCGUUCUCUUGCUCCAGCUACAAUCGCAGAAGCACAGAGGAAAUAAAAUACAGUAAGAUUUACUCGGCAGGAGGUUUGGCUUGGACAGAAAACGGAGGAACAUUUCCAUAUUCACUCGGUCAUGCUGUCUGAAGGCAAGAAGUCUGAGAAGCAACAGCAGCAGCUGGAGACAAACACCUGGCAAGAUCUUUGGCAACUCUGCUCACCUGCAGCACAAGUGUGUUCAGUUGCACUUUAUCCAAUGCAAGAGCUUCAUUGAUACUGCUCAUGUUCCCUGUUGCGACACGUAGCUCAGCUAUUUCAGCACUCAGCUUAUUCUGAGCCCCUGUCAACUCUGCGACUGACUGCUCUGCCUGAAGAGACACAAAAGAAGAAUUUCUGUGACCUGAGACAAGGAAUAAAGAGCAACACAUGCUAAAAGAUCUAAUAAUGAUGAAAACUAAGAUAAAAUAUUAAAAAAGUCUAUGCUACAGAAAUAAUUCUAGUAAUAAAGUGCUUAGCCUCCAAUGGUCAGCUGAGAAGAACAUGGCAUCUCCUUACUUACUUACAAGAGGGAGAGCCCAGCAGAAGUCUUACCUUUUCUAGUCUAAAUGAGAUGUCUGAUCUUUGUCUUAAUGGAGGAGUUUCUGCCAAGCCAAAGACAAAGAAUCAAGGCUCAUGGAGGUGAGAAAUGGGGUGAGCUCCUGUGCAAAGCCAUUCCCUGCCUUUUACCUAUAUUCCUCUCAUAUAGAGGACAGCUGGUGCUGUCAAACCUUACCUUAUGAUGAGUAUUAGAAUCUAUAAAGCAUUAUUUCAGGCAAACGAUUUCUGGGGACAAAAUACGAGUAUGCAAGAACAAAAGCAUAGGCAAGGAGAGAGAACUGUAUGGAAAAGGAAGUCCAAACAAGAAAUUAGUAAUCCCUGAAAAUCAGGACAACUUCUGGGACACAUCUGUGCUAGGGCAGGUACUCCAACAAAACAAAAGGAUGUAAAGCUUGAGCUACACACAAUUAAGGCUAACAUAACUGAACAGGAAUAAAAUUGCACCUUAUGCAGUGCCGGUUCUGUUUUGCAUAUGUUAGCCCCUUGUCUCCUCUUACUUCUUACUCUGCUUUUUGAGAAAAACAACUUGCUUCUACCAAGGAGAGAAGUUAAAAGUUUUGAAGAUAUUAACACCAGGCACAUGACAGAAGUCCAGAAGCUCAGAUCAGGAUUACAUUUAGGGUCAGAUUUACAAGGUGCUUCUGAAUAGGACCCUUCACACUAUCACAAAGACGCCAGUGCAGGUUCCCUAGCUGGAGAUCUAUUUAGCAACAGAAAAUCUCAGGAGAGAGUAACAGCACUGAAAACCUGGUGUGCUGGGCUUUAGUAUGUGAAUAACACCAAAGAAUAAAAAUGUGGAACCCAAAGCUGCUGUUCUGGAAACAGAGACUUAGAAGCUGGGGCAGCCUCUGAACCUUCUUUUCCUGCAGCGGAGCAUCUGCAGCAUCAUGGGGUUCCUGUUGUGCGCCCUUCCUGGAAAUGUGUUAUGUUUUGCUGUGGGGAAGGGGGGUGCAUUUGUUCUGUUUACAUUUGGAAGCAUUUCCUAGUGACAGAUUUUUUUAAAUAAAAAGUAUGAACUGGC